AUGCGACUCGUACCCGCACAUGCGGUCGAUAGGGAAUCCGUUUAUCUGCCUCAUCAUGGGGUGUUUAAGGGGAUCGGCCGGAAUGCAAAGUUACGUGUGGUUUUUGACGCAUCGUGCAAAACCACGUCGGGAAUUUCUCUGAAUGACGCCUUGAUGAUAGGUCCUACGGUUCAGCAGGAUUUAAUAUCAAUUAUCACUCGUUUCCGCACGUUCGCGUACGUCUUUACUGCAGACAUAGUUAAAAUGUAUCGACAGAUACUUAUCCAUGAGUCACAGCUACAUCUGCAACGAAUAUUGUGGCGCGAGAACUCGAAUUCGCCGGUCGGUACUUACGAGUUGCUUACCGUUACUUACGGCACGAGCUCGGCGCCGUUUCUCGCAACGAGAUGCCUUCAACAUUUGGCACAAAAACAUGCCCUCGAUUAUCCUGCGGGGGCGCAAUGCGUUCUUCGGGAUUUUUAUGUAGAUGAUUUACUCGCGGGCGCCAAUACAUUGUCCGAAGCGGAGCGCAUUCGUGACGAGGUGAUAGCCUUAUUAAAGCGCGGACAGUUUGAGCUCGGCAAAUGGUCAUCGAAUUGCCAAGAACUGUUACAGGGCAUUAGUGACACAACGAGUGCGGAGGUGUUAUUAGGCGAUGAAUCGAGCUCAAAAAUAUUGGGAGUCGCAUGGGAUCCGUCCAGCGACGGAUUUCGCUUCGGAUACAAUUGCGGCGCACCGACGAGUAGCAUAACGAAACGGACGAUCUUGUCGGAAAUCGCGAGUCUUUUCGACCCUUUGGGUUUAUUAGGGCCACUGACAGUUGUGGCAAAAAUGAUUAUGCAAGAUACGUGGCAGUCUAACGUCGGGUGGGACGAGUCGUUGCCGCAGGAUUUGCAUCAUCGAUGGCUGAACGUAAAGCAACAAUUGACGCGCCUUUGCAAAUUGCGUGUGCCGCGUUUUGUCGGAUUUCGAGCGGACACGCACAGAUCACAGGUACACGGCUUUUGUGACGCGAGCGAGCGUGCAUACGGCGCGUGCGUAUACAUAAGAACGCGCGAUUCCGACAGAUACCGGGUGGAACUUUUAAUUUCUAAAUCACGAAUAGCACCAAUUAGAGCAGUUUCGUUACCGCGACUAGAAUUAAAUGCCGCGUUAUUGCUAUCACAUUUAAUCGAGAAAAUUCGCGCAUCGAUUGAUUUAUCGAAAUUAGAGAUAAUUUUAUGGACGGAUUCCACAAUUACUAUUCAAUGGAUAUCGUCGCCGUCGCGUAAAUGGAACGCUUUCGUGGCCAAUCGCGUCGGUGAAAUUCAGCGCCUUACCAGGAGAUCGAGUUGGCGGCACGUGCCGUCCGCUCACAAUCCCGCGGAUAUAUUAUCGCGCGGCGUCGACCUGGCGGGCUUAAUGCAAUCGACAAUUUGGUGGAACGGACCUGCAUUCCUGCAGUUAACUGAGGAACAUUGGCCGGUCAAAUUAUGUGUCGACUUGUCGGGCGAGUUACCGGAACAAAAAAGGGUAACCGCAGCGGUGAUAGCCAUACAACAAUCGAUCGUACUAAAUUUGUUGGACAAACAUGCCACUUUAGACAGGGCAUUGCGAAUCAUCGCUUACUGCCUGAGAAUAGCGCGUUCGCGUACGAUCAAAUAUCAAACAACGUUUAUUUCGCACCACGAAAUAACAGCAGCUCUGCGAGUCGCGGUGAGAUGCGUACAGAGACAUGCUUUUUCAAGAGAGCAUAAACAGUUGACCGAGGGUCGGAGCGUUGACGGCGGAAGUCGCAUUCUGUCAUUGACUCCGUUUAUGGAUGAACACGGGAUCAUUAGAGUGGGGGGCCGAAUAAGCAAUGCAGCAUUGCCAUACGACGCGCGGCAUCCCAUGCUAUUGCCGAAGAGUCAUCGAUUGACGACCUUGAUCAUACAGCGAGAGCAUGUAAAAAAUUUGCAUUCAGGCCUACAGGCCACAAUGCAUGCGAUGCGUCGACGAUUUUGGCCUCUGGCGGCGCGUUCGGCUGUUCGAAAAACAAUUUACAAUUGCGUAACCUGCUUCAAGUGUAAGCCGGUUGUAUCGCAAGCAUUAAUGGCAGAUUUGCCCGCGCAACGCGUGACGGCUUCGAGACCGUUCACGCAUAGCGGCGUAGACUAUGCCGGGCCCAUACUCUUAAAAGAGGGCAAGAGACGUAAUGCCAAAUUACACAAGGCAUAUAUAUCGGUAUUCGUUUGUUUCUCGACCAGGGCCGUACACCUCGAAAUUGUAACCGAUUUAACAUCGGAAGCGUUCCUUGGCGCCUUUAAACGCUUCAUAUCACGUAGAGGCAAACCGGCGUGCGUAUAUUCAGAUAACGGCACUACGUUUGUCGGCGCGCGCAAACAAAUAAAGGAGCUGUAUGACUUGAUUAACGACAACAACACGCAGCUUGCAAUGCGGCGUUUCAUGCGUGAUAACGAAAUCAAUUGGCAUUUUAUACCACCCCACGCUCCACAUGUCGGGGGCCUGUGGGAGGCGGCCGUAAAGUCGGCGAAAUUUCACAUUAACCGAAUAAUAGGUAACGCGAAUCUCACAUAUGAAGAGAUGCAAACCGUGUUAUGCGAGAUAGAAGCGGUUUUAAAUUCGCGACCGUUGACGCCGUUAAGCGAGGAUCCAAACGAUCUGCAUUGUAUUACGCCGGGACAUUUCUUGAUUGGUGCAGCGCUAAACAGUUUCCCAGUUGCAGAUCUUACGAAGGAAAAUCCGAGCCGACUACUGCGAUGGCAACGCGUAGAACAGCUUCGGCAACAUUUUUGGAAACGUUGGAGCACCGAAUAUCUACACACUCUAAUCGAGCGACAAAAAUGGAAAGCUAGCAAGGGCCAGCAAUUGAAAAUCGGUCAGCUCGCCAUGGUACAGCAACCAGGCUUGGGACCGCUGCAGUGGUUAACAGGCAGGGUGCAACAACUUCAUCCGGGCCCUGACGGUAUCGCGAGGACGGCCACAUUAAGGACCGCAAAGGGUCAAUUAACAAGGCCGCUAACGAAGCUAGCUAUCCUUCCGAUAGACGAGGCAUCUGCCGAUUAA